CAUCGCGUGAAUACGGAUUGUCUUGAGUUUGGUGUAGCAAAUUGCGCAGAGUUUUUUUCAACCCCCAUUGAAGCCAUUGUCAUCGUUUGCGAAAAAGAAAACCGAGUACUAGAAACGGGAAACGAUUCUUCGCAUUUUGAUCGCGAAAAUGAAAUUCCAGUACAAGGAGGAGCACCCUUUCGAGAAGCGGAAGGCCGAAGGCGACAAAAUUCGUCGCAAAUACCCGGACCGUGUGCCCGUUAUUGUGGAGAAGGCGCCAAAAGCCCGGAUCGAUGAUCUCGACAAGAAAAAGUAUCUCGUGCCAUCGGAUCUGACCGUCGGUCAGUUUUACUUCCUCAUCCGUAAGCGAAUCCAUUUGCGCCCAGAGGACGCACUCUUUUUCUUCGUCAACAACGUGAUUCCACCGACGUCGGCCACCAUGGGUUCGCUGUACCACGAACAUCACGAGGAGGACUAUUUUCUGUACAUCGCCUACUCGGAUGAAAAUGUCUACGGUAGCAACUGAGCCUGAGAAAAGAUGUAAUAUGAUAUAUGUGUUGCAAUCGAACUAAUUAACAAACAACAAUGUAUGAAAACACUAAGACUUGUGGUGAUAUGAAAAAUUGACAAAAAAAACAUGCUGCUAGAGUAUCUUUCAAGGGAAGGGGUAAUCUCUCUUCAGUCAACCCAUUCCUUUGCAGCCUGGUUCA